AUGGUGAAUAAGGGGCACCUGUUAAUAUUAGCGAUCGCGAUCGCGUCGUGCCGCGGCGGAUUAACGGAUUACCUGUUUCCGACAUUAUCUAAUACUGUGCGAGGCUUCACAGGCAUUAUUGCGAACCAACCUGUGGUCCAGUAUGCGACCAGGACUACUGUAAAUGUAAUCGAUCUUCUCGUGGGAGGGUUGACUGGGGGAGAUGUCUCCACGGGCCGAUCACUAACUCCUCUGGGUAUCGUGCCGAAUUUGUUUAAUGACAAAAAUGUUCUAGACUCUUCAGACAGCAUAAGAACCGAAUACGAUGCUGGUUUGCUUAAUGAAGACACAAAAUUGGAUUGUCCGAGUCUCAUUCAUAAAUAUGGAUACCCGGUGGAGAGACAUGCAACGGUUACAGAAGAUGGAUAUGAACUGACAUUAUUCCGAAUCCCCGGGAAUGGUUCCGUAAUGUUCCUGAUGCAUGGUUUACUAGGUAGCGCUGAUGAUUACGUCCUAGCGGGAUCAUACAGUGGAGUGGCCUACCUUUUGUCACAAGAAGGAUACGACGUAUGGUUAGGAAACGCCCGAGGAAAUAAAUAUUCCCGGCGUCACAGAGAAGUCUCACCUUCCGACCCAUCCUUUUGGGAUUUUUCAUGGCACGAAAUAGGCUAUCACGAUCUGCCUGCAAUGAUCGAUUACGUCUUGCAGGUAACCGGUCAGGAUUCGGUUAAGUACAUAGGACAUUCGCAAGGCACCACGAGUUUCUUCGUUAUGGCGUCGACGAGACCGGAAUACAACAGAAAAAUUUCUCUUAUGGUCGCUUUAUCGCCUGUGGCCUAUAUGUCGCAUGUUAAAUCUCCAAUAGUGCGAUUGCUCGCACCAAGUAACAGACUUCUGGGGGGUAUCACUAAUCUCAUCGGUCUCCACGAGUUUCUCCCUGAUAACACGCUGGUACGUGCCUUGAAACAGUUGAUGUGCGGCGUCGGUCCUGCAUCGGAGAUUUUAUGCAGCAACCUAGUGUUCAUGGUAGCCGGUGCUGGAUUCGAACAACUCAACGUCACCAAUUUACCAGUGAUGUAUUCACACUUUCCGUCGGGAGCGGCGACCAAGCAAUUCAUCCAUUACGCCCAAAGUUACGUAUCGGGAGAGUUUAGAUAUUAUGAUCAUGGUGUAUCGGAAAACGUACGGAGAUUCGGUGUGCCGGAACCGCCAUAUUAUCGAUUGGGAGACAUCACUUGUCCUGUUUCACUGAUCUAUAGUGAUGCUGAUUGGUUAUCUCAUCCGACCGAUGUGGACAAGCUCUACAAUGAGCUGGGUAAUUGUAUAGACAUCCAUAAAGUGCCGUUUAGUCCGUUCAAUCACCUCGACUUUAUAUUAGCCAAGGAUUUCCACACUCUUAUUUAUGAAAGGUUAAGAAAGUUGCUUUCAUUUUUCUGA